UGCGUAUUGGCUCUCUCUCUCAGCACGAAAUUCCUUCCUUCUUCAACCUUCGCAUUGGCCGCCCGCUGCCAAAAGUUGAUGCCUUGAGAAGGGGAUAGGCGAGGAGGGCACCCUUUUUUAAACUUUUUGCAGUUUCUGGGUCUCUCCGAUUACGCGCUUCCUUAAAUUAAAUUCGAGCGUUUCAGUGUACGAAAAACAUCUUCCCCAGUAGCACGCACACAAAGGAAAAAGAACCUGUCCUUUGUUUCUGAUUUUAGUACGACCUUUUGAGUAUUGUAAGCAGAACCUACCAGCCCAGAUGAUUUGAUUUGAGUUUGAAUUUGAAUUUGAUUUGAUGGUGGGAAUAGACUAGAGCGAAAGAGAGAGAUGUCUUUGAGAAUUAAGGCGGUGGUGGACAAGUUCGUGCAGGAGCUGAAGGAAGCACUGGAUGCGGAUAUUCAGGACAGAAUCAUGAAGGAGAGAGAGAUGCAGAGCUACAUCCAGGAGCGCGAACGCGAAGUCGCGGAGCGCGAAGCCGCUUGGAAGGCUGAGCUUUCUCGUCGCGAGGCAGAAAUUGCCCGACAAGAAGCGAGGCUGAAGAUGGAGAAAGAAAAUCUUGAGAAAGAGAAAAGUGUCCUAAUGGGAACUGCAUCAAAUCAAGACAAUCAAGAUGGAGCUCUUGAAAUCACUGUAAGCGGUGAAAAGUAUCGAUGCCUCAGGUUUGCGAAGGCAAAAAAGUGAGGGUUUACAUGGAAGCAUGGAAAAAAUAAGAAAGAUUUAGAGAUAGAAAUCCAUAGUUGGGUGUGAUUACCCUCAAUCCUAUUUUGGGUGCUUCAAAUGUGUACAUCUACCUCCGUAUAAUCUGAUUUGACCAUGUUUCUUGGGCCUAUUAUUUAAUUCAUCGCAGAAGGUAGGUUUUGUGUUAGCAACAGUGAAGUAUUAUAUCUGAAUGACUGAUAAGCUGGUAAGAUUUGAUGGUCUUGAGCUAGGCUAUGAUAGUGUUAAUAUAAAGUCUUGAACUAACAGUGAUUAUUAAAGUCUUUCCUUCUGGGAAA